ACUCCCUCUCGAUACAAGAUACUACCAGAAUUCGACCGCCUUCAGCUCGAUAUUUCACAAUCACAAUAGCUGGGCAAGGUCCAAACCUGCACAGAGCUGACAAUUCUAGUCUCACAGGCAUCCUUGCGCCCGCAGUUGAGGCGUCUCGCCUUGCUACGUCUGGGUCCAUUGCUGCCGUUCCUAAUAGGACGAGCGUGCCGUCUGCCCAUCGUCUCCGUCAACAAGGAAUCGUUGGAGGCAAAGAGAGGUUCUUCGCUUCAUCGCGCUCUCAGCAUGGCGGGUAAGCGCAAGGUCGAGGAAGGGACGAACUCGAGCGCUAUGGCGGUGGGCAAUGACCCGGAGAGCUGCACAGAGGAUGAGGAGGAGCCUACGCAGCCAAAAAAGGUUCUCAAGAAGGAGACCAGCGUAGCUGCUUCUCAACGACGCAAUGUCGAGGCAAACAAUGGCGGGGUCAAGCAGUCCAUUGAGGUCCCGGCAGCUACUUCAGCUGCGCGUACGGGAAACGGCGAUGUCUUUGGCAACUGGAGCGCCGUCAACGGCAAGAAGGGCUUCUUUGCUCCACGCUCCGCAGGCCCUGUCCCCAGAAUCCAUUGGCGCACGCCCCUCGGACAUGAUCAGUCCUGCCUCCUGGGGGUCUUCGGCGAUCCAUUCGCAUAUGCCAUCGACCGUGCCACCAUUCUGGCCGCCGCUGACCCUUCCUCCUCUCACGCCAAACGCCAUCCUCGCCUCUCGGGCAAACACAAGGUCGCCGCGUUUGAUCUCGAUGAUACGCUCAUUCGAACAGCAUCGGGGAAAAUGAGCUACAAUUUCGAAAGUGCCUCGGAUUGGAAAUUCUGCGGCCAAAGUGAGCUCGAACAGGACUCGCUCCUCGAGGCCGUAAGGAGUGAGAGCGACGCCGGCGCUUUGCUCGUCCUGGUGACGAAUCAAAAGAACCUCGACGUGCCGAGAAAGGCCGACAAGUUUGAGAGGCUGAAAGUGUGGAAAGAGAGGCUGAGUUUGGUCGCAGUGAGGAUCGGAAGACCUUUUGUCGUCUUUGCCCCCGUGCGAGACGACGAGUACCGCAAGCCUCGCCCGGGAUGGAUUGGGAUGCUCAAGGAGAUGUGGCGGGUCGCUGGCGGGGAGGAUGCAAUUGCGCCGCUAGACAUGGGAUCGAUGGGAUCAGACGGUUCACAAGAGCGAGCGCAUUCCUUCUACGUCGGAGAUGCGGCGGGACGUGGGCCAGGAGGGCAUCGGUCCAAGGCCGACCACGGAGAUGGAGAUCGCAAGCUCGCUGCGAAUUUAGGAUGGAAGUUCCACACUCCGGAGGAAUUCUUUUUCAAGGAGCAGCCGGCCCCAUUUCAGUUCAAGGGGUAUCACCCCGUCGUCCUCCCCAGUCCCGCGACCACGGCUGUCGUCUCCUCCUCCUCGUUCACCAUUCCUGACCUCGUCGAGCGUCUCCUCCUCCCCACCAACCCGCAAACCCUGCUCAUCCUGGUCGGCCCGCAAGCCUCCGGCAAAAGCCGCAUCGCUCGCGCCCUCUGCUCUUCCCGCAAAACACAAUGGGUGCGGGCCAACAGGGAUCUGCUGAAGACCCCCGCUCGCUGCCUCUCUACUGCGGCCGAGGCUCUCAAAGCUGGCAAGAGCGUCGUGAUAGACAACACCAACCCCACGCGCCAAGCGCGCAAGCCGUAUAUCGACCUCCUCUCCACGACUCCCGGUGUGGAUCGCAAGAAGGUACACCUCCUCGCCAUCCACCUCAACGUUCCGCAGGCGAUUGCCGUGCAUAAUGACGCUUUUAGGGCUGAGUGGGGUCACGCGGAGGAAGAAGCUGGAGAGGCCAAGAGGGGUAAAUUGCCUGGCAUGGCAUUUGCCACGUAUUACAAGACGUUGCAGCCGCCUGUGAUGGGGAGUGGGGAAGGAGAGGGAUGGGACGAGGUUAUGAAGCUGGAUGGAUUUACUUUUGAAGGGAAUGAGGAGGAGAGGAAAAGAUGGGAGCAGUGGUACACGUAGAUGUAGACGAGGGGACAAAGUCAGACAACGAGGAUAAGACUGCGGCAGACAGGCAAUCCUCAUACGAGGCGAUACCAUGCAAAUCAUCGAUCGGCUUCACAUCGAGCAUCAAUCAAAUAUCUCCAUCGCGCAU